UAAAUUAAAGUAAUAAUACACAAACAAAUUCUUUCUUUCAUUGCAAAACAAAAAUAUUUGCUUUGCUAAGCGCGUUCUUUCAUCGGAAACCAACAACAACAACUGCAUGCACAACUACUGACUUUUCUACGACUUUUCUGUGAAGUUCAAGUGAUUUGCCUUUAGCUUUGUUAACAAAGUCAAUUAAGUGCCUAAAAUGUUAAAUGACCUACAAUUAUUUUUAGAAAAAGUUGUCAGUGAUGAAUGUGAGUUCUAAGGACGAAAUGCGAGUAAAUAAAGAAUAACCACGCAACAACAAAAUAAACAAGCACGUGAGUACUGUGGACUUUUUAAAUUUAUAAGGAAAAUUGUAAUUAUUUACACAAGAGGAAAGCACAACGAAAAGCAAACAAAACGAACACAACAACAACACGCCAGCACAACUACAACAACGACGACGAGGACGAGGACGUGGAAGUAGAAGUGGACGUAAGCGAGGGCGAGGAAGACAGCUGAAGUAACAAAACAGCAUUAAAAUGGGCUGCGUUUGUGAAAUUUUUGGACUUGCCUGCAUUGUGGCGCUAAUCAUGAGCUUCUCUUCUAGAGCACCAUACCAGCUAAAAAUGGCUGCAUUCCUUAUUGGAUCCGGUGUAAUUGUACUUAUUUGCAUACCUUUCAUGUUCGUGAGACCGCGAGAUUAUCGCAAUGCACUUGUUCCCGCUUGGUGCUGCAGACAGCUUUGUCGUGCCUUAGGUGUCACAAUGGAGGUGCGUGGUCUGGAAAAUGUACGCAAAGAAAAUGGCAGCGUAGUACUUAUGAACCACCAAAGCGCAUUGGAUCUCUGUGUGUUAGCUUACUUGUGGCCUGUUAUUGGACGAGCUACUGUUGUUUCCAAAAAGGAAAUUUUAUAUAUACCUUUCUUUGGUUUUGGUGCUUGGCUAUGGGGUACACUGUUCAUAAAUCGUUCACGUAAAUCUGAUUCUAUUGUGACGCUGCAAAAGGAAUCAAAAGCUAUUAAUGAACGAAACUGCAAGCUUUUACUAUUUCCAGAAGGCACACGUAAUUCCAAAGAAACACUUUUGCCUUUUAAAAAAGGAUCCUUUCAUAUUGCACUACAAAGUCAAUGCCCUAUUCAACCGGUAGUUAUAUCAAAAUAUUGGUUUUUAAAUAGCGAGAAGAAAAUGUUUAGACCUGGACACGCUAUUAUUCAUAUCAUGCCUGAAAUAUUUACAAAAGGUUCCAAUACAGAUGAUCUCGACAGUCUCAUCGAACAAUCCAGAAGUGUUAUGCAGGCCGAGUAUUCAAAACUCAGCCAGGAAGCGAAGGUUCUAAAUUUCAAAAAGCAAUUUUAGUUCAAAAAAUUAAACUCAGGUCUUAGCCUAGAUAUUAUAAUUCCUAUAAUAUUAAAAACAAACAACAGCAAUGACAUAUUAUAACAAAAAUUAAAUAAUAUUAACUAUACAGAUUUUAUUUAAUUAUUUAAAUAAAGCAAUUUUUGUAAUUAUACCUCUUAACGAUAAAAACUUAGGACAACUAAAUUU